GAAAGCUCAUACCAAAAUAUAAACUUAGUUGGUCUUUAAGGUGCUACUGAAGGAAUUUUUUUAUUUUGCUUCAACUCAGACCAACACGGCUACCUACCUGUAACUAGAACUAUUGUUCAUAUUUAUUGCAAACCUUGAAAGUAUUUGAUGGGGGGGAAAGACUUAAGAUCUUGCAAAUCACUUUCUGGUUUUGUCACUUGCCCCAAAUAUGCUGUCCGAGAUGCUUUCCCCCUAUAUGGUUUCUCUUUCCAAGGUACCUCCAGAAUUUCAGUACUUUCCCUGUCCCUCCCCAGUCUGCAUCAUCCUGAUCCUGGUCCGAACCUCCAAAUUCCAACCACAAGAUAAACUCUUUGCAGGAAACAUGGCUAAGGUUAUGCAAAUUUAUACAAGUUCAUUUUAUGCUAUUCAAAAAUCUUUUGGUUUCUUCUUACAGAGUCUGUAUUGCCAUGGUGCAAAAUUUGAUUUUAUUGGGAAGAAAACUUCACAGUGACCUUCAGCAGAGUAACUAGAAUAAUAACUCAGUGAGUUGAUACACUUUGGCAGUACAAAAAUUAAAAUAAAAUAGUAGCAGGGAAGCAUAUAUUUGCUUUGAGAUGCAACUAGGCAUAUAUAAUGUGGUGAAGCAAAUGUAACCUGUUUCCAUUUAGACAAUUUUGACAGUGAUUGAUUUUGAUCUAUAAUGGCAUGGCUGAAAUAUUGAUAAACUUGAGUUAUCACCUUCAAAUGUUUGAAUGCGACACAUCACAAAGUACAUAGGUGAGAUGGCAGACCCAGUUGUGUUAUUGCUUGUGAAUGUACUCUUGGAAAAAUAAAAGGAUAAUAAUAGAAUCAUAGAAUUGCAGAGUUGGAAGUAAUAAAAUUGUGUGUUUGUUAAGCAGAGAUGAAAUGUUUGGAUACAGUUACAUAGUUUUGUUUUUUGUUUAAUUAUCUAGCUAUUGAUUUUAGACUUUAAUAACAGGGCACCAUUGCACUUGAGCUUCCUAUAGCAUUCUGGUCAAAAUGUAAAGGGUCCGUUUCACCUGUAAGGACUUUACGCACCUUUUGCUUUGAUUACUACAAGCUUUGGUCUGUCCAGAAGGGAUUAUAAUUAUUUAUCCUGCAUUUGUUUAGAUAACUUCUGUUCUUCUUUGAUAUUUUAGGAAUGCUUUAAAAUGUACUCUGGCUCUCUGCAUAAAAAGAGAUUAGGAAGCUAGCUAUAAAUUUGAUACGCUUGGCUAACACAAAAAGUGUACAAGAGAUUCUUUAGGUUAAUUAUUCUUCAGUAUCCAUGUGGUGGGUAAAUCACAUUUUCACUUUGCAUGGUUGACCAUUAAGCUCAUUGAUAUGCUGCUAUAUGUCAGGGAUCGCUGACUUCUGCAUUGUUGGGACCAUGCCGUUCUCCUAAUCACCUGGUGGUAGGAAGUGUCUAUUAACUAGCAACCAACUUUCUCAUGAGUAGUCAAGCUCCAUAAUAAAGUAGGUGCAGUUCAAUACUUAGGGUAUCACAAUUAUAGAACCCAUGUGCUCAAGGUUUAGCCAGGACAUUACACACAAAAUCCAAAAGGGAGUAUGUGUGUGGAAUCACUAUUUCUUGGGAAUGGAAUCUAUUUUCCUUUUCCUUACAGCUGAAACUGUAGACCAACCUUUUAUGACACCAUGCUUAGAAUUUGGUAGGGCUGUAGAGGGUGCUGUAAAAUGAUAUGGGGCCGGGCUUGCCAGUUGGUCUUUCCUGUCAUAUAUUUAAAGUCAAAAUUUUAAAUCCUUUUCAUAUAGUCUGGUAGCAAACAUUGGAACAAGCAGAGCUGAUCAAUUUGUAGAGAUGAGCAAAACCAGGACCUAUGUUAGACCCACUGCCAACAUGUGAGAUGCUGGGGCCACCUGAUUCCUGGCAUGCCCAUGGCAGCAGCCAACAGGACUGAGGGGGCAGCUUUGACUGGAGCUCUGGACUACAUGCCCAAACUCACCAUCCUGCCAUAUUAAUUAUGCUGCCCUGGUGUGCUUCUGGCAUGGAAUCCGGAGCUCCAAGUGGCAAUGGGGACUGCAGGGGGCAGCUCAGCAAUGACACAGAUCAGAGCUAUCUUGAUUACUGUAGUUGAAUCCAGCCCAGAAUGAUAAAGUAACUAAUAACAAACAACAGAACAUUCUAGCAUGCUGCUUCUGUAUGGUUUUUUUUGGUGUGUCUUUUAGUUUAUGAGCAGUAGGCAGAUUGAACUUAGUCUGUAGACUUCAGUGGUUUCUUUCUAUCCAUUCUUACUCCAGCUCCCUUCCAUGACAGUGCUACCUAUGUCAACAUGGUCCUCACUUUUUGAGUGGACACUGAGGUGCCAAUCUUUGUGCUACUGUUUAAUUUGCACAGCAGGAUCUACACGACCAAACAGAUGGCUGAUCUCAGUCAGGAAAAUACAACUGCAAAAUGCACUGAGUGUUGCACAUCAUUUGAACCAAGCAAUGGUGUACUUUUUUGCCCCCGUUGCAAUAAUGGCACCAUGUGCCCUGAACAAGCUGUAGUAGAGACCUCAGAUUCACCAACUACUUCAGUGAGUGAAUGUUCGGAUCCCGAAGACACCAUGUCAAAGAAACAAACAUCUUAUUUAACAAAUAUGCCAAAGUCAGAACUAACAGACUCUCAGAGGAAAAUGCUCAUUACCACCCCAGGCAUUCGUGGCAGUAAUACAGAAUUCAAAGUUCCUCACACGCGAAUAGAAGAUGGAGCAGCAAUUCAGCAAAUUUAUUCAUUUGGAAGGAAAUUAGGACAAGGCAGCUUUGGUGUGGUGAUUGAAGUAACAGACAAAGAAACAGGCAUGAAGUGGGCAAUCAAGAAAGUGAACCGGGAAAAGGCAGGGAGUUCUGCAGUAAAACUACUUGAAAGGGAAGUGAGCAUCCUGAAAACAGUAAACCAUGAGCAUAUAAUACAUCUUGAACAGGUGUUUGAGACUCCCAAGCGUGUGUACCUUGUAUUGGAGCUAUGUGAGGAUGGAGAACUUAGAGAGAUUCUACAAAGAAAAGGUCAAUUUACGGAGAAUGAGACACGGCACAUCAUUCAGAGUCUUGCCUCAGCAAUAGCAUAUCUUCACAAAAGAGAUAUUGUUCACAGAGAUCUGAAAUUGGAAAACAUUUUAGUUAAAAGCAGUGACAUUGAUGAAGAAAAUGAAAUGAAAUUAAAUAUAAAGGUGACUGAUUUUGGUUUAGCUGUACAAAAGAUGGGAGGAAGCGAAAGCAUGUUCCAGUCUACCUGUGGGACUCCUAUCUACAUGGCCCCAGAAGUGAUCAGUGCACAUGACUAUAGCCAACAGUGUGAUGUUUGGAGCAUAGGUGUCAUCAUGUAUAUGCUAUUAUGUGGUGAUCCACCUUUUAUGGCAGGCUCUGAAGAAAAGCUUUUUGAACUUAUAAAGAAAGGAGAUAUUCAUUUUAAACAUUCAAUCUGGGAUACAGUCAGUAAGGCUGCCAAAGCUGUGUUAGAGCUGCUUCUGAGAGUAGACCCUGCCCACAGAAUGACUGCUAAUGAAUUGCUUCACAUCCAGUGGAUAACAGGUGAAACAGACAUUUCUCCAAGGCCAUGUAAUGUCCUAGAGUUGAUGAAGAAGUGGAAUAACGACAUCAACACUGACAGUAAAGAAGUAGACCUUCUGGAAGUUGAACUGAAUGGUGCAUCAUCAACUUCACAACAAGAUAUUCAUGAAGAACAUGACAGACUUACUAGCAGCAAUGGCAACUUAGAGGCCAGUAUAGAAACAGAAACAGAGAGUGGGAGCAGCAAAUCCUCCACGCCGACAAAACAAGUAAAAGUUAACCUGACUCGUAAGAAAAAACACCACAGCAACACUUUACCAAAUGGGACAACGAGGAAGAAAAGUUCACAUAACAAGUCAACUUCCAAUAUUCAGACUGGUGGAAGUGGGUCGGUGUCUCCAGGAUCAGCUGCUAGACGGAUGCAGGAUAGUCAAGAGAAGAAAACUGAAAUGGAAAAGUCUUCUUUUUCUCUGAGUCAUGGGUCUCCAAGCAAAAGUUCACACAAAUCAGCUACCCUUAGUGGCCUACUCAAAACGAAAAAGAAAUCUUAGGCCGUAUCCAUCAACUCAAAAUGAAGUUCUUAUGAAGUAACUUGUGCCGAUGCCAAAAUGUGGCAGCUUUAUAAAAAGGACCAAUGUAGCCUGAACUCUUUUGCCAUUUUUUGUUGUUCUGAGAUCUAUAAUCAUCAAGAGAACUCUAGCUUCACAGUAGUGCUGAUAAAAGUUCUGAAGCAGUGUGAAUUCCUAACCUAUGUGAGGGCAUCCACUGGUCAUAUUACUUUCAGAGCAAGAGCACAGAAUUGUGUAAAAAUCUGUCUUUUAUUUAUUGUAUUGUUCAGGCAAACGACUGGUUUCUUUCAAUCUACUUUCUAUAUUUUUCCUAAAUUUGCUUUGUAUUGUCACAAACGUUUGUUGCGUGGGAGAAUAAGGAGCCAAAAUAUGUAAUGGCUAGGUGGUAUGUAUGUAUGUAUGUAUGUAUGUAUGUAUGUAUGUAUGUAUGUAUGUAUGUAGAUUGUGCUUAUAACCCUGUAGGCAUUAUAACUUGUGUACCAAGGUCAAUGGAUUUUGUUUCUGAUAUUUUUAUGGCACUUUAGUUUGCUUAGAAAAAAUACUUUAAACAUUCUUAGGUAUUAUGAAAAUUGCUGAGGUUCAUAUUGCUGCUAAAACUCUUGUGUGUUUAAAUAAAACAGAUCUUAGAAAAAUAAUUUUCAUAUGCUAGUUAAUCUUCAUUUUUGAAAGGAUGGAUUGUGCUGCAGAAGAAUCAUAUUUUUGUAAUAUGAUUCUUUUCUUUUAAAGAUAAAGCUCUUUUGCUUAAAGUUGUUUCAUUAGAUUAUUCUUGAAUGCUUACACUUGACACAUUUUGCACUGUGAAUUAUUCAGGCUGUCAGGCUGAAUAUUUGUAUAGUGGUCUCAGCCAUAUGCUUGUAUAACAUUUGGUUCUUUUCAAACUUUUGUGGAAAAUUUAGUGUAGCUCUUCCCAUGAUUGCACGCAACUGUGGGUCCACAGUUUAUGCAGAAACACCAAGUACUUCAGUGAAUCCUGUGAAUGAAGCAGAUUUCAUUCUUCUUCUGUCACCUUCCCAAGAUGAUUAUGCAGGGCAUUGCCAAGGGCCCAGUUCCAUGUAAGCUGCAGGUUCCCCAGAGGUUUCUAGUUCCUGGGACCUGCAAGUGAUUUAAUGUGGGCAUGCUGUCACUUAGACUUUUCAAGCCAAUGAUGGCAUUUUAGAUGUUCACAAUAUCAUUUUGGUUUUAAUUUGUACGACUUGAUAAAUAAUUUGAUCUGUCCAGAUAAAUAGUUGGAUACAUCCAAACUUUCCCCAAAUAUGCAUGGGUGAUAAGGAGGUUGCCUGUUUCUACUUCAAAUCUUGAUGUCUUACAUUUACUUCAUGGGAAGAAUUUAAUAUUUUACUAUUAAUGUGUAUUAGUAAAGUUACUAAUGUUAUAACCCCCCCCCCAAAAAAACACACACAUUCAGGCUUGUCCCAGAUACUGGAUCUGACAGCCUCUCUAGUUUGAUAUGAAAUGGUCAGAGUAUCUUAAAAAGUUGAACUAGCUUUCCGAGUCUCCUGACAGAGGUGCAAUAGGUCCCUUUUGUUCUAAAAGACCAGAUCUAGUUGGCUAUUAGCUCUUGGCACCAGUUAUUUUCCUUUAGUCAGAUAAUUGCUUGUAGGGUAUGCCAGGACGUGCUCUAUUAGAGCUGCAAAGGUAUCAUUAGCCAGCCUCAGGUCAAUCCUACCUGAUCGCAGGACUGGCUUAGUUGCAAACUGACUAUGUAGCGUUAAGGUCGGUUCUAUUUUGUGUUCAAAUAAAUCCUUGACUAUUGUAAAUGGAGUUUUAAUGACUGGGGCUGAUAUAUACUGUGCCCUUUGCUCUUUUGUACCCUGCACCCAGGGAUAUAUAGAAUUUUCAAUAAAAGAAAAUAUGGCAGUCA